UGUUAUCGCUUUCAUUCAUUGCCACUGGAGGAGAAUCAGAAGUUGAAAAACAAAGUUCAUUUUUCAAGAUGUGCAUCUCUCUGGCCCUGUUGUUCAUCUCUCUAAUGGCAGCUCCUGAGUGCUCAAGUCUUCCAACAAAGACCGACUCCAUCAGAAACAACAUACACAACAUAGUAAACAUUGCUCAGAUAACUCUGGUCCACAUAGACAAGUUAAAGAAUAAGACGCCCCUACAGUUAGAGGUCUCCACUCCACCCAUAAAUGGAUUAACCGAUAUCAGCCUCUACCUUGGACAUUUAGAUGACGAGCUGCAGAGCCCCUUCACAAAUCUCCUGAGUCAGAUUCAAGCUGACGUUUCCAGCCUGGACUCAAGGGUGCGCUCUCUUGCCUUAAUGUUGGACUGCCCCAUCCAGGACAAACCGAGUGUGGAGCCCAGGGAGCUUUUGUUCCCCGACAGCCAGCACUAUGUGACACUGGCAAAGGUGCAGCACUACCUGGAGAACCUUCCCUCAAAUAAGGAGAAACUUAAGGUUUGCUGA